CUGGAAUAAAUGAAGAUUAUGCCUUGAAUACGAAUUGGUUCUUGGUUUGUUACUUGGCAAAAUUUUGAAUUCAGUUGUAUUCCGAUAGGGGAAGAGUCCAUUUCGCUAUUAGAAUUUCGGUAGACUAUUGGGAAAAGGAAACAAAAAUGAGUGAACAAAAAUGUUGUCAUGGACCUGGCUAUCCAACGCCCCUUGAUGCCAUGAAAAAUGGUCCACGAGAGAAGUUAUUGUAUACGGUGACAGUACAGCCAAAUUUGGACGAGCCCCAUGGUGAUUAUCUUGCAACGGUCGAUGUUGAUCCCGAUAGUCCCACUUAUUGUCAGGUUAUUCAUCGCACUUUCACCAAUCGUACCGGCAAUGAAUUACACCAUUCCGGUUGGAAUGCCUGUUCCAGUUGUUAUUAUGUGGACAAGAAUGCCAAACGUAUUCCAAAACGUGAUAAACUUGUGUUGCCAUCGGUUAAUUCUGAUUUUAUUUAUGUUCUGGAUGUUGCAACUGAUCCCAGGAAACCAGAAAUUUGUAAAGUAGUCGAUGGACAAGUCUUAAAAAGCCAUAAUGUAACGGCUCCCCAUACAACUCAUUGCCUGGCCGAUGGAAAUAUUAUGAUUUCGAUUAUGGGAGAUGCCGAGGGAAAUGCUACAUGUGAUUUUGUUUUAUUCGAUUCGGAAUUCAAUUGUCUAGGUACAUGGAUUAAGGGCGAUAAGAAACCCCAUUGUGGUUAUGAUUUUUGGUAUCAACCAUAUUGGGAUGUUAUGGUUUCGUCCGAAUGGGGUGCUCCAAAGAAAUUCAGAAGAGGUUGGAGGGAUGAAGACAUGAAUGAUCUAACUCAGUAUGGAUGCCGUAUAAAUUUCUUCAAAUGGUCUACCCGAACUCUAUUUCAAACUAUUGACUUGGGUAUGGAGGGUUUCACACCGCUCGAGGUGCGCUUUAUGCAUGAUCCCAAACGUGCCGAAGGUUUUGUCGGUUGCGCUUUGAAUGCCAAGGUAUUCUAUUUCAAAAAGAAGGAAGAUAGCGAUGAGUACGUAAGCAAAAAGGUCAUCGAUGUGCCAACAAAAUUGGUGAAAUUUGGCGAUAAUGAACCUCAGCCUGUUGGUGGAAUGGUCUCUGAUAUUAUACUCUCAUUGGAUGAUCGUUAUUUGUACAUUAAUUUAUGGCGUCAUGGUGACUUGCGUCAAUAUGAUGUUUCCGAUCCAGAAAAUCCAAAGCUUACAGGUCAAGUAUUUUUGGGUGGGGCCAUUUGUAAAGAUUUAACAGAUGUUGAAGUGAUUGAAGACAAAGAAUUGAAGGAACGUCCUGAGCCAUGCGUGGUAAAGGGCCGCCGUCUUGAGGGAGGACCACAAAUGAUGCAAUUGUCACUGGAUGGCAAACGAUUGUAUGUCUCUACAUCUCUUUUCUCGGCUUGGGAUAAAAUGAUGUAUCCCAAAAUGGUGGAGAAGGGUGGUCACAUUGUUAAAAUUGAUAUUGACCAUGAAAAUGGUGGUAUGAAAUUAGACGAAAAUUUCUUGGUUGAUUUCGGCAAAGAACCCUAUGGACCCACAUUGCCUCAUGAAAUGCGUUACCCAGGCGGUGACUGCACAUCAGAUAUAUGGCUCGCUUAAUUGAUUGUUCAACAUAUCUCUAAUUUUGUAAAUUAUGUAAAAAAUUAAGAAAUACCUUUAAAGCUUUUUUUUUUCUAAAUUUAAAUACAAACAUAUACAUCUACAUUUUUGUACAUAA